AAUGUCUUUCGGACAAGUCAAAAUUCUAAUUUAAUUUAUUAAAUCGAUUUUUAAAAGUCAAUUAUUUACUAGGUCAAAAUAAUAUGCGAUCAUCGCGUUACUUAAAUAGACGAAAGAAGAGAGACAGGCGUAAAAUUUAUAAAGAAAUUAAGAAUAAAAAAUCUAGGAGAACUUUUAAUUUUGGGGCAUCUGAUGACAUUUCUGAGUUGGACCUUGAAAAUAUUAAUGAAAUACUUCGUGUUCAUAAAAACCAACGCGCUAAUGGAAAGGGUGUUUGGAAAGUAGUACCAAAGGACUCGUGCGAAGUAUACAGGGAGAGACAGCGGCGACAGAUAGAGAGUGAACGAAGAGAGAGAACUUCUGAAGAAGACGAAGAAGAUGCUAAUACGCGGAAAGCUAAAAGGAAAUCGCGUCGACGAAACAACUCGAAAAGAAAGGAAUUUGUAAAGAAACCGCAACAAAGACAUACGAUUAAGCGGCGAAAAAAGAGGAAUUCAUCAUUGUCAUCAUAUUCUACGGCUACUGUAUCCACGUCCACCACGUGCACUACCUUCACAGAAAUGGACUACGAUUAACCUUCUUUUACUUGUCUUGUUUCAUCUUUCAUCAAAUUACCACAAUGUUUAUUAAACA